GGGCGGGAAAGCAACGUUACAUAUGGUUCGACAGCAAAAAUGGAGGUGUACUUACUUGUACAGGAGUAUUUCGCCAUUAAUUACUGUCAAAUAACGAAGUGAAGUUUGACUGUCAAAAGAGGACAGUGGCUCAUCUGACCUGAGGGAUGCCAGUAAGACGACGACCAAGAGGAAGACGCUGGAGAAAAACAAUAAAACUGGUUAAAACCAACAGGUUCGAUAGCUGGAGUUAUCCAUGGCUUGUUGAGAUAUUGACAGAAAAAGAUGUUGAUUGUAACAUUGAACACUGUUUAACAUCUUUUAGAUUAGCAGGACACAAUAGACACUUGAUCGGAGUGCCAAAGAAGCACAACAAGAAGCAGAAACAGAUGCUCAAAAAACAAGAGGAAAGGGCAAACUUGCAUCAGAACAACAAGCAAGAAAAUAUAUGUUUUGAUAAUAAACUUAUAUCAAAUAUAGAUAAAGAUCAUGUAACAGAAAGAAAGUCCGUUAUAAAGGAAACACUUUUUGAAUAAUGAAAUUGAGACACCAGACCCAGCAAGUGCACUGUUUUCACCCGUGUACCAGCUGCUGCAAGAAUGCGAGGGAGACCUGGAGAAACCAAAUAUUACUUCGUUAGAAGCAGCAGCAGUAUCCAUUGAUGUUGAGGGUGUCGUGGAUGGAUCACAUUUUCCCCCACAUACGACAGUAUUGGAAAUGCCUUGCGAGAUCUCUGAAACCCAAGAUGUUUUUUCAGCUAGAGCUUGCCAUUCUGAAACAUCCCAGUAUGAUGUGCAGAUAUCAGUUUACAGUGCUGAUUAUCCUUCGCCUCAGGAAACUGAAGUGGUUGAAGAAUGGGAGACAUUUGACCCAUAUUACUUUAUCAAACAUCUGCCUCCACUCACCUCAGAAAUGCUUGCCAGAUGUCCAGCCUUGCCACUGAAAACUAGAAGUAGCCCUGAAUUUUCCCUUGUGUUAGACUUGGAUGAGACAUUAGUCCAUUGCAGCCUGACAGAACUUGAAGAUGCAACUUUUACCUUUCCUGUUACCUUUCAGGAGGUAGAUUAUAAGGUUUAUGUGCGUACUAGACCAUUUUUUCGGGAGUUUUUGGAGCAUGUUUCCAAGAUUUUUGAAGUGAUUUUAUUCACAGCAUCCAAAAAAGUUUAUGCUGACAAGCUGUUAAAUUUACUAGACCCUGGCAGAAAACUAAUAAAAUUUAGACUCUUCAGGGAACAUUGUGUGUGCAUCAGUGGAAACUAUAUCAAAGAUCUGAGCAUCCUAGGUCGUGAUCUCUCAAAGACUGUUAUUGUGGAUAACUCACCACAAGCCUUUGGCUAUCAGCUUGAAAAUGGCAUCCCAAUAGAAAGCUGGUUUGUUGACAGAAAUGACAAAGAAUUGUUGAAGUUGAUACCAUUUUUAGAGAGCCUUGUUGCUAUGAAUCAAGAUGUUCGGCCACAUAUCUGUAACAAGUACCAUUUAGCUAGCUUUCUUCCGCCCGAUUAACCCAUCCAUAACCAGAAGCCCACUGUUCAUGAGAGAAUAUCAUCGCACUGUUUUGGAAUCAAUGUUGUCUGUUUUGUUUUAUUAAUAGAUAAAGGGUGCUUUCUGUUGGAUAGUGUUAAAAAAUCUUUGCUUUCAUACAUAUAUCUUUAAAUGCAUAUGUAUUUAGGUUCACAUGACACUGUUUGAAUUUCAUUUUGUCUUAGGUGAAUUGCACAAAUGAAAAAGGAUUUAUACAUGAAAUAUACCUUUUGACAUUCUAGCAAAACUGUAGAACCAUAAAUAUGUGAUCAAUCAAUCCAUUGAAGUAGAAAAAUAACUGGUUUUGUAACACUUGGACCAUUUUCAUGAUCAGUCUUUCAUCACAGAAGAUAUCCAGAUGGGAAAAAACUGACUUUUAGAAUGCCUUGUAUACCUAUAUAUAUAUAUAUUUAGGUAGUGUUUAUAGGUUUUAGUCAUCUGUUUAACCUAACAAAUUUUGGUAUAAUAAUUGAUAUGAUCUGUAGACCAGUUAAGAAUCUUCUUAUAAUCUAGUUGGGUGAGUAUAUAAAACCACACAAUCUUUAAAUAUCACAACGUAACACUGAACCUUUGUGUUUUUAAAUAACCAAGAUUAAUGUCCUCAACAACAAAAGAUGGUAAAUGUAUAUAAAUUUUAAAAUCUUUUAAUUCAUGUAGGUUUUUUAAUCCCAAUGUAAUUAAAAUAUAUACUAUGAUACCUACAGUCUCAUUCUAUGAAAAAUAGUCUUUGUACAAAGUAAAUUUUCUUACUAAAAGCAUUUGUACAUAUACAACUUUGGACUGUGACUAAGUGUAAAACCUCCUUCAACAAAUGUUUAGAUAGAUAGUUAGGUGCCAGUUUUUCAGCAAAAAAAAAAAGAACUCUUUAUUGCCUUAAGGCAUAAGAUAUAUGUAUCUUUGUUCAUUCUGUAGAAGUAUUUUUAUCUUGAAAUGUACAAAUAUAAAGUCCUGAAAGAACUUGAAGUGUUUUGAAUUCACAACUGUUCCAUUUGAAAUGUUCAAGUACUCAGUUAUAGAACAAUAUUUUGCUUAAAUACACUAAUUAAUAGAUAGCACGAGAAUAUUUUCUGUGAUGUCAUGAGGUGAAGAAAUAUGAUAUUCUGUGAUUUCAGGUACUUUAAUAAGCAUUUUUUAGUGAUAAAGAAAGAAAUAUGCAAGAAAGUUGCUCACUACUGUGACAUUAACCAUUGUGUUCCUCUAUCUCUUGGUCUUUUCAAGAUAUGUUAGCAUAAAUCUAUUCUUGUUUUAAUUGUCAUAAAUAACUUAAUUUUCCAAAACUGCAUUUAAGUUUGUCAGUAGUGUAUUAUUCAUAAUUUUAUGAACCGCAAAAUUAUACAUUAAGUUCUGGUAAUGUUUAUUAAAUUUUCAGCUGGUUUUGUAACAUGCAGCUGGGAUACAUGGCUUCUACCUUACUUCUCUAACUGGCAACAAUAAUAUUGUUUAGAAUAAAUACUGAUGAAUACAUGACAAAUGCUUGGCUGCACUCGGUGGCACAAAUAAGCAUUACUUUACUUUCUUGGGCAACCCUGGUAAAAGAUGAUUAUAAGUCUGAAAAAAAAAACUGGUCACCUGGUGUGUUUUUUUUUUUCCUUUGGGAAAACAAUUUUUUAAUGUGGCUUAACAUUUGGGUUCAUAUCAUUAAUUUACAAUGUUAUUUUUAUUUUUUCAUCUUAAUAUAUAUACAUUUGAUUUUUAAAACUGACAUAUUUUAUACUAUUUCCAAUGCUGAAAAUGCAUCAAUUUCCCAUGAACGUGUGUAUGCAUUUAUAUUUUUACUUUUUAUUUCUCUAUUUUAUUACUGGACAUCUUUUUGAUUUUUAAAUGUAAUAUUUCUUUAGGAAGUAUUGUUUAAGACACUAACUUCUGUUAUUCAUUUGAGUCUGUUUUUAUGAUAUAUCUGGAAUAUUUAUCAUAAAUACAUAAAGUGUAGUAAAACUUGCUCAAAAACAUAUCUAUCAGUCAGUGCUACUAUGCUUUUGCACAAACAAUUCAAAUUUCUUAGUAUGUAACAGAUUAUGAAAAAUUGUUUGUCGUGAAAAGUUACUUUUUUUCUAUAUAAAAUCUUAUCACUUAGGUAUUAAGUGUAUAUUAGAAUUUUUUAUUCAAACCUCAAAUUUAUUUGUUUUACAGAAUACUUUAACUUCUUCACUGUGUGUAUUUGUUUCUUUUGUUCAAGAUGUAAAAUUUGGCUCAAUGGUUUAAAUAUUUCAUUUUAUAAGCAGUCUUUCAACAUAGCUCUUACCCACAUUUUUAGAAGACUUGCUAUUUUAUACUUUUGAGCACUAAUGGGAUCAAAGCAGUCGCUGGAGGAUAUUUUGUUUUUCCAUAAAAGCUGCUGUCUUAUACUGCUAAAAAUGUUCCUCAGAAAAGUAUGGUAUUUUAGUGUGCAGAGCUCAUAAGAAAGCAGUGAUUUUUGUCAUUAUUAAAAGCCUAAAAAUAUUAAUGGAAAUGGUGCAUAUGAAAUUUAUUUUAUUCAGCAUUAAACAUAUGGCUUGUUGGUUUAAAGAACUUUGUGUGUGGACUUACCAUUUUAGAUAUUUAGAAUAACUGUUGUGUUUUUAGCCAUUUAAAGUAAUCAUAGAAAAAAUUUUAUCAAGAUUAUUAAUAUACAGUGUACAUCAAUGUUGAGUGAGAACUUGGAGAUGCAUUCUUAAAAAAAUUAUCUGAAGACAAACUAAAAUCCUUUAUUCAAGGAAAAUCAUAUUUUUGUCAAAAGUAUAUAUUACUCCAUUGUAGUAAAGAAGUUAGCAUAUUAAUAAUAUUAGAAGUUGACAGAUUAGCUAGUUUAUUAAAAGGCAUUUUUAGAAUAUGUAAGGGAAUAAGUAGUUUUCUGUAAAGCCGACUCUUCAGGUAUUGGGCUAAUCAAUUUUUUCAAUUAGGUAGUAAGUGAAAAGGGUAAGUGAGCUGAUGAAAGAAUAGUAAUAUUCCAACACAGAAAUUAAAGAUGGUUUAUUUUUGGAACUCUUCAACUGUAAGCUGCUUAGGGUUCAAACCAAAAAUAAUCCUUGUGCAUAGGUGUAUGUUGAUUUUGUCAUUGCACAGUGAAUUGUACCUGUGUACAAAAAAAACAAACAUAUUUUGCAAAGAAAUAAAUGUUUGUUGGCAA